GCGCCGGGGGGGGCUCCCGGGCCGCCGGCCGAGAGCUGGGCCGGGCCGGUGCCGCUGGCCGGCGGCAAGCAGGACGGAGCGGGGGAUGCCAGCGGCCGGCAGCGGAACCAGGCGGUGCUGCCCGGGCACGGAGCGGCUCCCGCGGCCGCCAAGGAGAGCGAAGGAGCGGGGAGCACCGAGCCGGGCCCUGCGGUAUCUCCGACCGAGAGCAAGUGGAGGAGCGCGGGCAGGAGGAGCAACAUGGGCGCCGGCGGCGGCUCCCCCGGGCAGGCGGCGUGUCUGCGGCAGAUCCUGCUGCUGCAGCUGGACCUCAUCGAGCAGCAGCAGCAGCAGCUGCAGGCCAAGGAGAAGGAGAUCGAGGAGCUCAAGGCCGAGCGCGACACGCUCCUUGCGCGCAUCGAGCGCAUGGAAAGGAGAGUUCAGCUGGUGAAGAAGGACACAGAGAGAGAAAAGCACAGGAUCUUCCAGGGCUUCGAGGUGGACGAGAAGGCAGAAGCAGAGAAACUGCCGCUGGAAUGCCCACAGGAACUGCUGGAGCCCUCACAAACCCUGCAGCCCAAGCACUUCCCCUACGGCCGGAAUGGGAAGGGGCAUAAAAGAAAAACAGCGUUUGGGAGCACGGAGAGGAAAACGCCUGUGAAGAAGUUGGUGUCCGAGUUCUCAAAGGUGAAGGGGAAAAGUCUGAAGCACUCUCCGGUGAAAGAGGAGUCGAGUGGUUCUUUGUCUGAAACUGUUUGCAAACGAGAACUGAGGAGCCAAGAGACUCCAGAAAAAAACAGGUCGCUGCUGGAGACCCCACUCAGACCCUCUGCCCCAUUGAAGGGCCCCAGCAGCCACCCCAAGGAAAAGGGCUUCUUCAGCGAGAUAGACGAUCUGCCCUACCUUUCCACCACGGAAAUGUACUUGUGUCGCUGGCAUCAGCCCCCCCCAUCACCGUUGCCGUUACGAGAGCCCUCCCCAAAGAAGGAGGAGACUGUAGCAAUUCCAUCUUGGAGGGACCAUGUUGUGGAGCCCCUACGAGACCCCAACCCCUCAGACAUCCUGGAGAACCUCGAUGACAGCGUGUUUUCCAAACGGCAUGCAAAACUGGAGCUGGAUGAGAAACGAAGGAAAAGAUGGGACAUCCAGAGGAUCAGGGAACAAAGAAUUUUACAGCGACUGCAGCUCAGAAUGUAUAAAAGGAAAGGAAUUCAGGAGUCGGAGCCUGAAGUUACCUCAUUUUUCCCUGAGCCGGAUGAUGUGGAAAGCUUGCUGAUCACCCCCUACCUGCCCGUCGUUGCCUUUGGCCGCCCCUUACCCAAACUGACCCCACAGAACUUUGAGCUGCCCUGGCUGGAUGAGCGCAGCCGCUGCCGGCUGGAGGUGCAGAAGAAGCAGACUCCCCACCGGACCUGCAGGAAAUAGCAGCGUGGUGGAGCCGGGAGCUCUCUGUGCACGUUGCUCAGUCCCUGCCCCGUCUUCGUUCUCGUUCAGGGUUGGUUUUGUUCCUUCUAUGGCCCAGUUUUGUUCAGUUUUCUUUUCAACACGUUGCAGACUCAU